GAACCGGGGCCCCGGGGCCGCCGCUGAGAGCCCGCACCAAAUGCGCAGAGCCCAUGCACGGCCUGCGGCAGCUGAAAGUGGUGGACAUCAAGGCUCGUCAGGUGACGCUUCGCUGGGAGCCGUUCGGAUACAACGUGACGCGCUGCCACAACUACAGCCUGACGGUGCAGUACCGCGCCAGAGGAGGAGGCAAGGAGGAGAGCAGGGAGGUGGCGUUAUAUGACAGCCGGAGCUCCGCCCCCCAGCACACCAUCCACAACCUCACGCCCUUCACCAACCUCAGCGUCAGGAUGCUGCUGCGCAACCGCGAGGGAGUCAGAGAGAGCCCCGAGAUCCACGUCCAGACCGAUGAAGACGUGCCGGGGGAAGUUCCUCUGGAUUCGAUCCAAGCCAGUGUGUACGAGGACAAGAUCCUGCUGAAGUGGAGAGAACCGGCGCAGACCUUCGGCAUCAUCACUCAGUAUGAGAUCUCGUAUAAAGCCGUCAGCUCCUUCGACCCGGUGCUGGAUCUCUCUAACCAGAGCGGGAAGGUGGUUAAACUGGGGAAUGAAACCAGCCACGUGUUUCUGGGUCUCUACCCCGGCUCCACGUACUCCUUCACCAUCAGAGCCAGCACCGCCAAGGGCUUCGGACCGCCCGCCAUCACCCAGGCCACCACCAAGAUCUCAGCUCCGUCGAUGCCAGCGUAUGAUCAGGAGACUCCUCUGAACCAGACUGACAGCACGGUUACGGUGGUGCUGAAACCCGCUCAGAGCCGAGGCGCUCCUGUCAGUGUGUAUCAGGUGGUUGUUGAGGAGGAGCGUCCUCGAAGGGCUCGUGGAGGUGAAGCGGAGAUCCUGCGCUGUUAUCCGCUGCCGGUUCACUAUCAUAACGCCAGCGGGCUGAACUCUCAGUACUACUACAGCGCUGAGUUCCCCUCCGCAGGCGUCUCAUCUCCGCAGACGUUCACCGUCGGAGACAACCGGACCUACGGCGGAUACUGGAACGCCCCGCUGCUGCCACACAAGAGCUACAGCAUCUACUAUCAGGCCGUCAGCGCCGCCAACGGGGAGACCAAAAUCGACUGCGUCCGUGUCGCUACCAAAGCUGCUAUCUUGGUGACGCAGCUCACCACUCCUUACGUUCGCAUCGCUCCGGCCGCUGGAGACAACCAGCUAACAGGCGCGGCGACGCACAAACCCAACGCGGUGGAGCCGGAGAAACAGACCGACCACACAGUGAAGAUCGCCGGCGUCAUCGCAGGAAUACUGCUCUUCGUCAUCAUCUUCCUCGGCGUGGUGCUGCUCAUGAAGAAACGUGUGAAGAGAGGUGUUGAUGAUGUGAGCGCGGCGACGCACAAACCCAACGCGGUGGAGCCGGAGAAACAGACCGACCACACAGUGAAGAUCGCCGGCGUCAUCGCAGGAAUACUGCUCUUCGUCAUCAUCUUCCUCGGCGUGGUGCUGCUCAUGAAGAAACGGAGAACCUAUCAGUCCUACACUUACUACCUAAAGCUUGCGAAGAAGCGCAAGGAGACGCUGAACAGCACGAGACAGGAGAUGACGGUGAUGGUGAACUCAAUGGACAAGAGCUACACGGAGCAGGGAACCAACUGUGAUGAAGCGCUGUCAUUCAUGGACACACACAACCUCAACGGACGCUCCGGAUCUUCUCCGUGUUCUGUGACGGUGAAGACGAGCACGCUGAGCAGCAGCAUCCCGAACACGUAUUACCCAGACCCCUUCGUCCCCACCGCGAUCUUAGUCCCCAUUAAUGACGAGACUCAAACCCUGACCAGCGACACCAGCAGCCUGGUGCAGUCGCACACGCACACACACUCGCUGUGCAAGCGCGAGGCCGUGGACGUGCCGUACCAGACGGGCCAGCUGCAUCCCGCCAUCCGUGUGGCCGACCUGCUGCAGCACAUCACGCAGAUGAAAUGCGCCGAGGGCUAUGGCUUCAAAGAGGAGUACGAGAUCAAUGAGAGCUUCUUUGAGGGUCAGUCUGCCGCCUGGGAUUCGGCCAAGAAAGACGAGAACCGCAUGAAGAACCGCUACGGGAACAUCAUUGCAUAUGAUCACUCGCGCGUGCGGCUGCAGAAUCUGGACGGCGAGCAGAU